UAGUCUAGGAUUUGAGUGUGACUCCUUUGGUUUGUUCUGCCUCUAUUCUUCUCUUCUUCUGCUUAUAUAGAGAAUAGCACCACACAGAGAGAGAGAGAGAGAGGAAAGGAGAGAAAGGCUCAGCCUCAGUGGCUCACCUACAAGCUCAAUUUUCUCAUGUAUUUCUGUCAUGAGGAGAGCCUAUAUAUAUGCAUGUAUAUAUGUAUAGGUGAGGGCCAUUGAAGUUUUAAGUGGUAAAGAGGCUAAGAAACUGAGAGUCUUAGAAUGGAUAUCUCAGCUUCCCAGUGCAGUAGUGGGUGUGAAUCAGGUUGGACUCGGUACUUAGACCAAUCCUCACUUUCAGAAACUCAAUUCCACGUAGUUGGUGGUAUGGAUGACUAUCAUAGAGGAAAGGGAGCAGAAAUGGAGGAGAAAGAAGAAGAUUUGUCCUUAGUCUCUGAUGCUUCUUCGGGGCCUUCACAUUACCUUGAAGAUGAUGAAGAGUGCAUUCAUGAUAAUGGAUGUUAUUUCUAUUCUUCUUCAGCUUCUGAGCGAGACCGCAAAAGCAAAAGCAAAAUCAAGGCCAAAGAACAUGGCAGACACCGGCUGCAUUCAAGUCUUGAUGACACUGCUAGCUCCCCAGCAUUGAGCUUUUCCAAGGUGGAUUCAACUCUCUAUGGGAAUGAAGAUUCAAAGGAGAAUUUAUUGAAUUUCUCUCAGGGUUUCUCUGCAACGCAUUUUGAGGUAAAAUCUACAGUGCAGAAGCAUUUUACUUUCUUGAAGCCUUUUGCCAAAAAACCAGAUUCAGAAGAACCAGGUGGUUUUCACAGAAACUAGAAAUGACUUCUUUUAGCUUUGAUGCUGCUGCAGCUGCAGCUGGUUUGGAGACUGAGAUAAGGAGUGCUGUAAAAGAUGGCAUCUGAUUACAAAAGGAUAUUGCCCCUGUUUUUCCUUUUUAGUUGUGUUCAAUUUCUACUCCUUUUUUUAUCCGUGAUUGUCAAUGCAAUGGGAAACAACCUGAGCACAUGAUUUCUUUUUUUACAGAAAGGAAAUUCCUGUUUUCAA